AUGGAUCAGGCAAAGUUGGCUAAGCUCCAGGCCAUGUCGGCCAAUGCCCGCAUUGAUGCAUCGCACAUUGAUGAUCGCGUUCUCCGCGCGAUGCGACCGCCGUGUGAUUCGGGUGGAAUUCUAACUUCCUCCAGUGGCAAGGGUACUCCCCGCCGUAAGGUCAAGAAGGUUGUCCGCAACUCCGGUGCCGACGACAAGAAGCUCCAGGCUGCCCUUAAGAAGCUGAACGUUCAGCCCGUCCAGGGCAUCGAGGAGGUCAACAUGUUCAAGGAGGAUGGCAACGUCAUCCACUUCGCCAACCCCCGUGUCCACGGCGCCGUCCCCUCCAACACCUUCGCCCUUUACGGUAACGGCGAGGAGAAGGAGCUCACCGAGCUCGUUCCCAACAUCCUCAACCAGCUCGGCCCCGACAGCCUUGCUUCCCUGCGCAAGCUCGCUGAGAGCUACCAGAACAUGCAGAAGCAGCAGGGUGAUAAGAAGGAUGACGAUGAGGAUGAUAUCCCCGACCUCGUUGAGGGCGAGAACUUCGAGACCAAGGAAUAA